AUGGCGCUUCCUCAAAACGCGCCCGCCGCAGCAGCGGGUGCGAGCCGUUCCCCCACGCGAGACAGUCCCAGGUCUCAGCCUGCUUCUUCUGUGACUUCUAAAAACACCAACGCCUCGGGAGACGAGGGCGUCUCUGCUCGAGAGAGAACUCCAGGCUCUUCUGUGUCGAGAAGGUUGACUAGCCUCGCGAGUUUGAGCGGCAGCAACGUAACCCAUCGCUUGGCGGAUAUGGGCAGACACCUCGUCGCGAGUUUCACUUCAGCACCGACCGAGUCGUCUUUCCUUUCCAAGGGCACUUUGACGCCUCAGGAAUUCGUAGACGCUGGUGACCUCCUCACCCACAAAUUCCCCACCUGGCAGUGGAGCGGUGCGGGUCCGUCUGGGAAGAGGGCAUCGACCUGGCUUCCAGAAGACAAGCAAUUUCUGAUUACGAAGAAUGUGCCUUGCUACCGCCGCGUCAGAGACAUGGACGAUGCUCUCAACUCGCGAGUCGGUCACGACGCAGAAGGCGGAUGGACGCUGCCUCUGUUAAAUGACGAAGAACGCGAGGGGAGAGUAGACACCGGCGAGGCGCCUGACCUGACCCAGAGCAUGCAGAGACUCAGACUGAAUGCGGAGUGUGAACGAGAAGCCGAAGCCUCAACCCGGAAGACCCCGCCUUCCGUGGCUGCACACGCUGGACAAGAAACUGCCGCGGCAGAUCGAGAAAGGAAUCUCCGGGACGACGUGCCGGAUUUAAUAAACUUCUCUGACAUUGACGGUCUCGUGCAAGAGGACGACGAUCCAGCCGCAGCCGAGGCACCUUCGUCCUUUGUGCGAAGUUCCGCCGAUGCCGAGAUCGUCGCCGCCCGGACUUACGACCUGAGUAUUACUUACGACAAGUACUUCCAGACACCCCGCAUUUGGCUUUUCGGCUACAGCGAGAAUGGUGUGCCGUUGCUUCCCGAGGAGAUUUUUGAGGAUAUUUUGACUGACUACGCGGCGAAAACAGUCACCGUCGACCCUCAUCCGUGCACGGGUAUUCCCACGGCCUCGAUACACCCUUGCAGGCACGCGAGCGUGAUGAAGAAGGUGGUGGACAGCUGGUUGGAGAGUGGGAUGAAACCGCGCCACGACCUGGCGCUGUUAGUGCUGCUUAAAUUUGUGUCGAGCGUUAUUCCCACCAUCGAGUACGACUUCACAAUGGAUGUUGAUAUGUUCUUUCACCACACGAAAGAGAAGUAG